AAAAAGACUCCAACGGAGAUGCUUUGUGGGUUUGGUGUUAUCCGUCCGUAACAGCUGAACUGAGGAGUCUGUUGCUGCGAAAGUGCUGCCUUACAGAUGAAAAUAAAUUGCUCCACACGUUUGUAUUCGGCCAGUAUAAGAGGUCCUGGUUCUACAUCACAACUGUGGAAGUUCAAGAUUCUCCAGCCUUGAAAAAGGUGACCCACUUCUCCAUCGUGCUGACGGCCAAAGACUUCAACCCCGAGAAAUACGCAGCCUUCACUAGGAUAUUGUGUAGAAUCUACUUGAAGCAUGGAAGUCCAGUUAAAAUGAUGGAGAGUUACAUUGCAGUCCUUACAAAGGGGAUCUGCCAAAGUGAAGAAAAUGGCUCUUUCCUCAGCAGGGAUUUUGAUGCUCGGAAGGCUUAUCUUGCUGGUUCCAUCAAAGAUAUAGUAUCUCAGUUUGGGAUGGAAACAGUUAUCUUAUAUACAGCAUUGAUGCUAAAGAAGAGAAUUGUAGUGUACCAUCCUAGAAUAGAAGCUGUCCAGGAGUUUACCAGGACUUUGCCUGCUUUAGUGUGGCAUCGACAAGACUGGUCAAUUCUUCAUUCCUAUGUGCAUCUAAAUGAGGAGGAAGUAGAAGCCUUAAAAGCCUGCACAGGUUACAUUGCUGGAUUUACAGAUUCUGAAGUGAACAGUAGACCAGACCUUUACGAUGUGUAUGUGAAUUUGGCAGAUAGUGAGAUCACAGUUUCCCCUGUUGUAAAAGAGGCAAUGGCAAUGGGAAAACUUCACAAAGAAAUUGGACAACUAAUUGUUCAAUCUGCAGAAGAUCCAGAUAAAUCAGACAGCCAAGUCAUUAAGGAUAUUUCUCUGAAGACAAAAGAAAUCUUGGCUACCUUAGCCUCACUUACUGAAGUUUCUGAUGGCAGUGAAAAGCGAACCCUUAACUCUGAGGCCCUGAAACAAAAGCGAUUUCCGCCAGCUACAGAAAACUUUCUUUUUCACUUAGCAGCUGCUGAACAAAUGCUCAAAAUCUGACAUCGAUGCACUGCAGUGUCGUGGACCAGCUCAAAAAUACUGUCUUUGCCAUACAGAUAGGAAUACCUGAGAUUUUAUGUGGAAAGAUUAAAGGUAUAAGAGUGAAUGUCAUACUUAA